GGGGCGGGCAGGGGGGCGGACAGCGGGGCGGGGCGCGGCAGGGCGCGUGGAACCCGCGCUGUCCCUUCUCUUGCAGGCCCGCGUCGCCCCUCCGGACCUGAGCAGUCGCCAUGGCACAGGUUCUCAAGGGCACUGUGACUGACUUCCCCGGAUUCGAUGAGCGGGCCGAUGCGGAAACUCUCCGGAAGGCCAUGAAAGGCCUGGGCACGGACGAGGACAGCAUCCUGACUCUGCUGACCUCGCGAAGCAACGCUCAGCGCCAGGAAAUCGCCGCGGCUUUCAAGACGCUGUUCGGCAGGGACCUUCUCGAUGACCUGAAAUCAGAACUGACCGGAAAAUUUGAAAAACUGAUCGUGGCUCUGAUGAAACCGUCCUGGCUUUACGACGCCUACGAGCUGAAGCACGCACUUAAGGGAGCCGGAACAAAUGAAAAAGUACUGACGGAAAUUAUCGCUUCAAGGACCCCCAAAGAACUGACGGCCAUCAAGCAGGUCUAUGAAGAAGAGUACGGCUCGAGCCUGGAGGAUGACGUCGUGGGAGACACCUCCGGCUACUACCAGAGGCUGCUGGUGGUCCUCCUGCAGGCCAACAGAGACCCCGACGGUGCAAUUGAUGAAGCGCAGGUUGAGCAAGAUGCUCAGGCUUUGUUUCAGGCCGGAGAACUUAAAUGGGGGACGGACGAAGAAAAGUUCAUCACCAUCUUUGGCACACGAAGUGUGUCUCAUUUGAGAAGGGUGUUCGACAAAUACAUGACCAUAUCAGGAUUUCAGAUCGAGGAAACCAUUGACCGAGAGACUUCUGGUCAUUUGGAGCAACUCCUCCUUGCUGUUGUGAAGUCCAUCCGCAGCAUACCCGCCUACCUUGCGGAAACGCUCUACUACGCCAUGAAGGGGGCCGGAACGGACGACCACACCCUCAUCCGGGUGCUGGUUUCCAGGAGCGAGAUCGAUCUGCUGAACGUCAGGAAGGAGUUCAGGAAGAACUUCGCCACCUCCCUGUACUCCAUGAUCAAGAGUGACACGUCCGGGGACUAUAAGAAAGCCCUGCUGCUGCUCUGCGGAGGCGAGGACGACUGAGGUGACCCCCUGAGGGCCGCCCGCCCGGCCACCACCGCCACCGCCACGCCUGCUCUGUGAACGCCGCCGCCUGUCACGUCGCCUGCUUUGUAUUAGCACGCUAAUGCCCGACACACGCACACGCACACGCACACACACUCACACACAUACACACGUGCGCACGCACACACACACACACGCACGCACACACACGCACACGCACAUCGCAGGAGGUAGCGGUGCUGCGUCCUGACCCUCGGCUGGGCCCGCGCUCCCACCCUCAUGGCCCCAAAGUCCUCGCACGCAGCUCACUGGCCGCUUCGUCUUCGUCCCCAUUAAGAGGUCAGACUGCGUUUAGCCUUUUUAAUUAACUUCAUUUAUAUUAAAUUGGUAGUUUAGCCUUUUUAAUUAACUUCAUUUAUAUUAAAUUGGUAACCCUAUAGCCUUAAUCGGAACCUCAGCCUUGAAAUGAUGAAUUCCUGGAAGCGUUACUAAUCUAAUUUGCCACUGAAUUAAACCGGAAAAGUGAAAUAAACAUUUCCUUCGCCCUCC